CAAAGCUCUGGUGUUUUACUACCCCUUCGCCGGGAGGCUCCGGGAGGGUGUUGGCCGGAAACUUAUGGUGGAUUGCACCGGGGAGGGGAUCGUGUUUAUCGAGGGCGAUGCUGACGUCACGUUGUCGGACUUCGGAGAUGCCCUACAACCUCCAUUUCCAUGCGUGGAGGAGCUUCUUUAUGAUGUUCCUGGCUCCGGUGAUGUUCUCAACUCUCCUUUGCUUCUCAUUCAGGUCACCCGCCUGAGAUGUGGUGGCUACAUCUUUGCCUUGCGACUAAACCACACCAUUAGCGACGCAUUUGGUCUUGUCCAGUUCAUGACCGCCAUCGCUGAAAUAGCACGCGGUUCCCGUUCACCGUCCGUGCUCCCCGUUUGGAAAAGGGAAUUGUUGGAUGCCCGGAAACCUCCACGUCCCGCGACGGCGUACACCCACCACGAGUACGACCAAGUCCCGGAUUCCAAGGGGACCAUCAUGCCCUUAGACGACAUGGUCCACCGCUCUUUCUUUUUUGGACCAACGGAGGUCGCCGCUCUUCGCCGUCUCCUCCCCAACGACUUGCGGCGGUGCUCCACCUUCGAUAUCGUAACGGCGUGUCUCUGGCGCUGCCGCACCGCUGCCCUGAAACCUGACCCGGAAGAAGAGGUUCGGGUGCUCUGUAUUGUGAACGCCCGCUCGAGAUUUCACCAUCCUCCUUUACCGGAAGGUUACUACGGCAACGCAUUUGCGUUCCCAGUGGCGGUAACCACCGCGGAGGAGCUAGUGAAGAAACCAUUGGAAUACGCGGUGGAGCUGGUGAAGAAGACCAAAUCUGAAGUGACCGAGGAGUACAUGAGGUCAGUGGCGGAGAUGAUGGUGGCCAAGGGGCGGCCGCAUUUCACGGUGGUAAGGACUUAUCUUGUUUCCGACCUGACACGGGCUGGGUUCGAUGAGGUGGACUUCGGGUGGGGAAAGCCGGCUUACGGCGGAGCUGCCAAAGGAGGUGUUGGUGCCAUCCCCGGGGUAUCAAGCUUCUAUAUACCAUUCAACAAUGGAAUCGUGGUUCCGGUGAGCUUACCUGCCUUUGCAAUGGAAACAUUCGUGAAGGGGGUGGAUGAUAUGAUAGCUGAAGGACACAACAAAGAAAUUCAUGCUCAUAUAAGAUCUUCUCUAUGAUUUACUACCUUCCUCUUAAAAAGACUUUGCUAUAUUGACUUUUCUUGGUCAAUGAUAGCACAAUUUGGACAAUUUCAUGUAAUACGGAGUAUAUUACUUCCUCCGUUCUUAAAUAAAUGUAACGAUCAACAUUUCACAUUUGCCGAGACACAAUUUUGAC